AUGUGUUGUUCGGUGGGUUUCGCCAGGUCUCUGGGUUUCGCCCUGCUGCCUCUGGCCCUCUGCUGCAUCCUGGCCCACCUGCUGCUGCUCUUCCCCAUGGGAGAGAUCAGCUACCUGCAGGAGGGCCGCCUGGCAAGGUACAUCUUGUACUUUGGUGGACUUGGAGGAGGGGGAGCACUAGUGCUGGUUCCAGCUGUGGUCUUCAUCACUCUAGGGAAAUGUAGCUGCUGUUGGAAUGAAAGCUUAAUGAUGUGCGGGUCAGUGUUGGCAGCUGUGGUUGGCCUAAUGGGAUCUGGUUACUGUUUCGUCAUGUCAGGAUUUGCCUUGGUGCAGGGUCCCCAGUGCUUCACUUCCUUUGGAUGGACGUACCCCUUUGCAGACCAGGGUGGCAGGUACCUGUUACAGCCAGAGACGUGGUCCCGGUGUCUCCAGCCGCUGAACAUCGUAGAGUGGAACGUGACUCUGCUUUGUGUCCUACUGUGCCUGGCUGUGCUCGAGUUCAUCAUCUGUCUCCUGCAGCUGGGAAACGGUUUAGUCAACGCCGUCUGCAGGCCCUGUUGCUACAAGCAGGAGUAUAGUCUUAAUGCGUAGACUAACGUGCACAUGCGUGUAGACGUAGGUAUGUAGUGCAUGUGCACACACGCAAACCAAUCACACGUUUGAUGUAUGUAGAUAUGCAGGACAUUAAUGAACACUCGCAUAAGCGAAUGUCUGCAUAAAGCCUCAUCGCUCAUUGUAAAGGACUGACAUCCACAUCAGUGUAAUUACUAUAUUUUCAAGCUUUUAAUUUGCCCUGUUCAAGUGGCAAAAAUCAGUAUGAAGUCAUUCAUUAUGAUUAUGAUGAUGAGCUGUUUCGGUCUCAACUUUUUAAAGGCAUUAGGUUAUUUGUACAUAAAAACGUAGAUAUUUGUGAGUCUGUUUCUUGAAUAAUACAACUCAAAAUAAAAUCCAGAGCAUUCUACAUGAACAUAAUGAUAAAAGUAUUAUUCAUAUUAUUAAUUAUAUUCCGUUUGCCACAUAUUGUUUGAUAAUGCCGGAGAAGACAAGGUUUUUUGGUGUAAUUUUUUAUGGUGAACUUGCGAGGAGAGAUUUCUGUUAUUUAGUCGUUUAUCAGGCUCUUAGCUGGAAUGAUUAUCUUGAUACAGGAGGAAGUCGUAUCUAUGGAACACUUGGGGAUUACAAGCAGAUUUUUAUGUUUGUUUCUGUAUUUGUUAAACAUUUCUGAGCAUUUUUUUGUAAAUUCUUUUCUUCACUUCUUAUAAAAGCUAGAUAUGUUUUAACAGACAUUUUAGUGACAUAUUUUUAUAAUGCUUCUUUGUUUGUUCCACCUUUAAUAAAAAAAAAAAAUUCUAUUUCCAUUUCCAGUA